AUGGCCGCUGUCCCAAGGCCCAGAACACAACGACAUCGCAUUGAUACCGAGACAUCGUGGUUGUUCCUGGAAGACGAGACAACCGAGGCGCGCUUGUUGGUGUCAGUAGCCAAAGUAUUGGGCAUCAGCACUGACGACGUUCGAGUGGAUGUGUCAUUCUGUGACUUGGGAGGAAACGAACAAAGUGCGAUUGAGCUUCAUAAGGCCUGUCUGGAUGCUGGCCUGGACGUGGCAGUGAAAGACAUCCUGCGCUGUUCGAGUCUCUCAGAGCUUCAGACAUGCAUUACGCCCCUUGUCCAAACCGACGCUGUCAGACCUGUCAUUCAGCCAACCAGGCCUGUGCCAAACAUUCCCAAGGAGGGAGCUCAGGUUACGUCUAUUCGCAGCCCAGGCGGAAUGUCAGAUACCAGUGUUGAAAGGACUGAAAUAGAGCUUGCCCUCGGGCCGCAACCCGAGAUCGGCAGGAUAGCCACAGUCCGACCAAAGGCCGGACUGCUGGAAGGGAAGUUGGUGGCCUUACUAACCCUUCUAAGCGUGGAGCCGACCCCUCAGGACGGUGUGUCAACAAUUCAUCUCGUCCCUCACUCUCAUGCUAUUCUUUCCAGCACCCUAAUAUUGCACCUCAAAGAAGUAGCGGCCAGUCGGCUACCCCAAGAUGCGAUACCUGACGCAUGGAUCGUGUUAGAGUCUAUGCCGCUCACUGAUGACGGCAAGAUUAAUAUGCGGCUUCUGAGGACGUGGGUACAGAACAUCAACGAAGACGUCUAUCAUCGGGCGCGGAGCCUGGAGCAACAGGACGUGUUCCAACCCCCGCAGACAGAUAUGGAGCAUCUAAUCCAUAGGCUGGCUAGCAAAGUGUUGAGCAUUCCAAGCAGCCGGAUUGGUGUCAACUUCAGUUUCUGCCAGCUCGGAGGGAACGAACAAUCGGCUCAAGAUUUCGUUAGCUUAUGCAGACUCGAACCUCUACACCUGACUCUCCCCGAAGUUCUCAGCUCCAUGACGCUCUCAGAACUGGCCGCAAUGGCUGCCGCGCGAAGCAAUCUCGAGCACGAGUGGAACGAGCCCAACUUGGAUUGUUUCGGGCUGUCGCCCAUGCAGCAUCUGUACUUCGAGACAAAUUGGGGUGGGGAUCGGCUUCUUCGAGCUGCUCGUGACGGUACCUAUCGCUUCAACCAGAGUCUUCUGCUCCGGGUCAAACAACCAGUCACAUAUGAGGCCAUUUCGUCCGCUAUCAGAACCCUUGUAAGCCAUCAUCCAAUGCUGAGGGCACGAUUCAGAUGUGGUCGCCAGGGAUGGGCGCAACGGAUUCUUCCAGAGGUUACUGGUUCGUACCAGUUGCUGUUCCAUAGCGGCAUCCGAACGUCAGAGGAUCUGGAGGAAAUCAUCGAACAGACACAACUAGCAAUUGAUAUUGAGAUGGGACCAGUCUUUGCGGCCAAUUACAUCAUGACCGAUGAUGGCGAUCAAUUGAUAUAUCUUAUCGCACACCACCUGGUUGUUGACCUUUGGUCCUGGCGCGUUAUCAUUCACGACUUCGAUGAGUUGCUACAAAACGGGAGGGUGAUCUCUGAACAGUCCACUGGAUUCCAAAAGUGGAUAGAAAUGCGGAAAGCGAGCGCGGUUACUCCAACGCUCGAGAGCCUUCUCAACCUUAGCACAAAGUUUCCAGGAGAUUACAUGUUCAAGGGGGACUACGCUUACUGGGGAGUGCAAGAUAUUCGCAUCACCUAUGGACAUGUCAGGGAUACAACGUUUGAGCUGAGCUAUGAGCACACCCACAUCCUGGAGACAGUUUGCAACCAAGUUUUCCAGACCGAGUCUGUCGAUAUAUAUCUUGCAGCACUUAUGUUAUCCUUUGCAAAGACCUUCCAUGAUCGAAGAGUUCCUGUCGUGUGGAAUGAAGAACCAGACAGGGGGGCUUGGAACCCAGAUAUCGACGUCUCUGGGACUGUCGGUUGGUUCACCCUGCUGUGCCCUAUCAGCCUGGCGAUCGAGCCGUCGGCCGAUUUCAUCGACGUACUACGCAGACUGAAGGACAAACGACGGUCAAUCCCGGAGCAUGGAUCACGGUAUUUCGCAUCACGCUUUUAUCAUUACGACAAGGAUGAGAUCAGAAAAUACGAUCAGCCGUUUGAGAUCAUUUUUCGUUACACAGGUUCUCAGCAACUAGAGCCGGAGAACGGGGUUUUGGAAAAGGUCUCAAUUCCUGGUCGCAGAAGUUUGAUCUCUCCUACUGCAGACACCGGUGACAUGGUCGGUCGGAUUGCCUUGUUCGAAAUCAGCUGUGUGGUUGAUCAGGGAAAGGCUUUUAUUCGGUUUUUGUGGGACACGAACUCCCCAGAUAUGCGUGUCGAGAGGUGGAUUGAGAAUUACCAGUCUGUGCUCUACGAGGCCAUCGACAGACUCCGCUUUCACCCUCCGGAGUUGACCCUUACUGAUGUUCCCGACCUGAAUGUCACAUACGAAGGUUUGGCACAGUUUCAUGCCGAACGUCUUGCGGUUCUGAGGCUCCCCAGCGUCCGCGAGAUUGAAGCUAUCUACCCGAUCACUGCAGUCCAGCAAAGCAUCUUGAUCUGCCAGUUGCUCCGUCCUGACUCAUGCUACUUGCACGCCAUCUAUGAGUUUUCAGACCCAACGGGUGAGCCGAUCGAUGAUAGAAGAAUAUGUGAGGCAUGGAAGCAGGUUGUUGCGCGACAUGCUGCUUUGCGGACUGUUUUUACGGAGAGUGUCUGCGAGAGGGCGUUAUGGGAUAUGGUUAUUCUCCGUAAAACACAUCCUGAUAUGAUGUGGUUUGAGGCCGGACCAACCGAAGACCCAAUCGCGAUGCUCAAUGGACAAGCUCCCUUGAAGGUUACCGAGUAUAAACCGCUUCAUCGACUCGCUGUCUGCACAAGCCCGACCAAGACGUUUGUGAAACUGGAUAUUAGCGCCGCUCUUUGUGACUCAAUCAGCCUCAGCCUGCUCUUUCAUGAUCUACAAAGAGCAUAUACCGGGGAACUUCCCAUCAAAGAGCCUGAGCUCUUCACAUACCCACAAUACAUCUACUUCCUCGGGACUGCUCGGUCAGAGCCUAGCCGCGACUAUUGGCGCGAUAACCUCAUGGGGCUAUCCCCUUGCCAUUUCCCCCAUCUCACACUCCAAGGUGAUCAACUUCCUUUUUCGACCAUCUGUGUGAGCCUUGACGUCGGCUUCUCGGAACUCUCCAACUUCGUCGAACUGCAUCACUCCACGAUAGGCUCUCUUUUGCGCCUUGCUUGGGCCAUCAUCCUUCGCAGCUACACUGGUUCUAACCAGACCAUCUUUGGAUUCCAAGCAAGUGGGCGAGAUGACUCUGUUAUAGGCAUGAAACAUGCUGUUGGCUCCUUUGCACAUAUUAUUCCUUGCAACUAUGACCUUGAGCCCUAUGACCCGCUGACCAAGGCUCUCGAGAUGAUUGACCUGCAAUAUGAAGAACGCCAACAGCAUCAGUACUUCUCCCUAGCCGACUUGCAACAUGCCAUUGGCAUGAAGGGUGGGGAGCGUCUCUUCAAUACCUGUCUGAUUGUUGAACAGCCCGUCACCCUAAACAGCAAGUUCACGAAACGCACACGCCUUAUCUCGCUUCAACAGAGUCUUGAUUUUGACGUCGUCGUUAACGUACGCUUCGCUAGUGGGAAGCUCGUCGUUGACAUCGGCCAGCGCAUCAUGUCCCCUGAACAGGCAGUUAACCUUGCACAUACACUUGGCCAAGCAAUUCGCGCCAUCAUAAAAUACCCUAACACUUCCAUCGCUCUUGUUGAUCUCUUCACUAGCAGGGAUCGAGAACAGAUCUCCGCCUGGAGGGAGGAGGGAUCUCACAGAGCUUCGCAACAAACUCUGACCAUGGUGCAUACUCUAAUUGAGAACAAGGCUCGUGCGCAACCUCAGGCGCAGGCAGUUUACUCGUGGGAUGGGGCAUUUACUUAUGAGCAGUUGGAGGAAGAGGCAACGAAAUUGGCACGUUGGUUAAGGCACGAAUGCUAUGUCGAUACACAUACCGUCGUGCCGGUUGUGAUGGACAAGUGCAGGUUGGCCCCAGUAGCCAUGCUGGCUGUUCUGAAAACGGGCGCAACAUUUGUUCCGAUCGAUUCGUUGGAGUUGGGCAUGAUCCAACCCAUCUUCGAGCGACUUAAUACCAACAUCGCCAUUUCAUCAGAGAGGCCGGUUCCUGUACUCACCAACCUGUUUGAGAAAGUUGUUGUUCUUACAGAAAGUUUCAUGAAGGCCCUCCCAUCUGACCUGCCUCCCUUCUCAGCAACAGUCACGUUCUCCGAUCCUGCGUGCAUCUUUUUCUGUGCCUCUUCAUCUAGUGAAGCCCGCGGCAUCACGUUCAGUCACGCUGCGUUGUCGACAGCUCUCCUCGGCCAAGGACCAGCUGCCAAGAUCGGCCCUGAAAGCCGCGUCAUGCAACUCUCGUCCUUCAAUGUCGACAUCUGCAUCACCGAGAUUUUUACUACCCUCGUUCAUGGCGGCUGUGUCUGCAUACCGUCCAAUGCAGAACGCUUGCAAGACUUUGGAGCCGCAGUGAGCCGUCUGAAAGUCAACUGGUCCUAUAUGACUCCUCACCUGUCACGCAAGAUCAUCCCUGCUCAAACCCCAUCGCUCAAGGUGGUAUGUUUCCGCACACGGAAUCUGGACGAGGAUACGUACCUUAUCUGGCACGGACGUGUCAGCGUUAUUUUGGCAUACGGCCCACUGGAAGGUUGUCCUCUGGGUAUUGCAUUCCUGGAGGCGCUUGUUCCCCAGCACCUGAAGUGUAUCGGACGGCCAUUUGCCGGUGACUUCAUCCUUGUCAACCCGGAUGACCAGAAGAAGAACGUACCAGUCGGUGCGGUGGGAGAGUUGAUUCUCAAGGGCCCGACCCUCGGCGUUGCCUAUCCGAAUCGAGAGUCAACUCUUAGCCCAAUGUCUCCCGUUGGCACUUCCAUGGGUAUGGCAGCUAUCCGCUAUUUUCGACCUCGUCAUCUUGCCAGGUACAUUGAGGGCGGUCUGAUGGAAUUCAUUCUGAAGGACCGUGAGGAUGCUGAGGGUAGCAAUAAGUACUUCAACGUGAGUAUCACCGAGGUCGAGCAGCAUGUGCGUCGCUGUCUGAGACAAAUGGCUCUUGACGUUUCUGUCGAGUUGAUCUUGUUCCGGACGCCGAUCAGGACAGAUCCUGAACUGGUUGCGUUCGUCGAACUGGGUGAUGGGAUCGGCCCUGAAGAGACGCUUGGCGCGUUGAGCCUGGCAACCCGCGAACAGCUCGCUAUCAUCAAGCAAAAGGUAUAUGCUGAACUGAAAAAUAUAUUCCCUCGUAAUUUGAUACCUGCGAUCUUUGUUCCGGUUCGACACCUGCCUGUCACGACAUCGUUAAAGAUCAACCACCGCCGGCUGCAGCGUAUGAUAUCGGGAAUGUCGAGAGAAGACCUCUUGAACCUGUCAAGCGUGAUCAGAACGGAUGCUCGGUUCCAGUAUCUCAAACCUUUGCCACUGACGGCAAGUGAGGAACGCAUGAGAAACCUCUGGGCACAAGUUCUCGGACUCGAAGCAGCUUCAAUCUCGGCGACGGAUCGGUUCUUCGCUAUUGGCGGCGAUGAGAUCAUGGCAGUGGAGCUCGUUCUCACCUGUCGCCAGGAAGGGAUCCUCGUGUCAGUUGCGGAUGUGCUGAGCAAUGUUACAUUGACAGAGUUGAGCCGACGUACUAUGGUGACAACGACAACUAUAACAAGCUCCCCAGAUUCGGCAAGAUUACAUGCAUCGCCCGUGCUGUCCACAUCACCUUCAUCUGCCUCUCCCCCCGCCGUCACCAACCCGAACGCGGCGCAAGUUCAAGCUCAUGCCGCUCAAUCACACUCGAAGCAAGACUUUAUCACCUACAUCAUCGCGCCAAGCCUUAGGGUUGAGCCCAGUGCCAUUGCUGAUGUGGCAGAAGCGUCUUCGGCUCAAGUACGGUACAUUGAGACUGGCAUGCUUAGCUCGAGGGUAAACGUGAACUAUCUGGUGUUCAGCUUCACGGGCGCUGUUGACUCCAAGAAGCUCGAGAUUGCAUGCCGGACACUUGUCGAGCUCCAUCCUAUUCUUCGAACUGCAUUCGUCACGUACAAUCGCCGGGUAUGGAUGGCAGUGUUGAAGUCAGCUGAUAUUGAGUUCCAACGUCAUUAUGUCUCUUGGACAACUUCACUGAAUGCCCUGCAGGAGAAGGUCAUUCGUAAGGAUCAGUCUAUUCCGGUCGACUUUCGGACACCAGUGACCAAGUUCAUGUUCCUCGACGGAGGCAAACAGUCGGUAAUGCUUCUGCGAUUGUCAAAGGCCCAAUACGAUGAUCUCUCAAUUGCACUGCUCGUCAAGGACCUUAAGCGGCUAUAUGACGGACAACAGCCACCGCCGCAACGUAAGCAUUCGUACUGUGACUUUGUUAAUGCUGUUCAAUCCGCAAACGUGGGAGGAGCCGCUGAGGCAUACUGGCGUGAGUGGCUCGCGGGCGCCAGUGUCACGCAGGUUGUGCACCACUUGCGCCCAUACAAAAUGGUGACGAACAUCAAGAUGGUUAAGGAGAUCAUUCCAUCUCUAGACUCGUGUCAAGCCUUGGGAUGUCGCGUUGAAACUCUCUUGAAGGCUGCCUGGGCCAUGGUUCUCGCAACGCUGGCUCGGAGCAGUGACGUUGUUUUUGGAGAGGUGAUCGACGGCCGCAACAUGAAGCUCCCCGGAGGUUAUCCCGUCUCGCGCAUCAUGGGCCCGACCGUCAACAUUAUCCCUGUGCGCGUGCAGUUCCCAGAUACACGCUUGACAACGCUCGAGUUGCUUAGCUACAUUGACGCGCAGCGCCAGGCAUGUAUGCCAUUCGAGAACAUGGGCUUCUUGACCAUCGUCGAGAAUUGCACGCCGUGGGUGUACUGGACGCGGUUUAGCUCGAUUGUACACCACCAGGUCGAGGAGAGAGCGAUCAUCCCAUCAGAGCCGAAGACAUUCCACUUAGGGAAUGCUGCUUGCAAGUUCACAGUGCAUGAGUCGAAGGCGCAAGAUUUGCCGGAUUUGUACGUACGGUCGAUUGCGAGGCCGGGCGGCAGGUUUGAGAUCUCCAUCACGUUCUCUCCGGACCGGGCCCAGGGGCUGGAGCAAGUUGCCGGGGAUGCGCUGCGGUUGUUGUGCGAUACGAUCCGAUACCUAUUGCCAGGCGCCAAUAAACACGAACCUCUCAUUCCUCCCGGGUAUUACUAUCGUGAACUGCAACACGGCAAAAUCCCUUUGUCAGCGACCAUACCAUCACGCGGGGAGGGCGAGGAUGUCAUUCCCAACUGGAUGACCCCAGAUCAAGUACAGGCGAUACGGAUGGCUGUCAUGGAGACAUGGGCCGACAUUCUUGAUCCAAUAUCGCUGGGUGUACCGCAGGAGCAGGUAUUAUUGGCCUCGUUCUAUGAUCUCUGGGGCAGCUUGAUCCCAGCAUCGCAGAUGAUGAAGCAACUGAAUCUGGUGGUGCCUGGCCUUACCAUCCCAGGCGUCGAUGCAUCCGACGUGAGCGUGACGAUGGAGGAGAUCAUUGACAAUCCAUCAAUUGAGACGCAGACUCGCCUGAUCGCAUCCAAGUGCAAGCCCAAAGAUGUAAACAAGAGCAAGGACAAAGUGAAGACUACAAAGGAACGAGGCAAUGAUGACAACAAAGAUGCCAAGUCGAAGGAUCUGUCACCACCUCCGGGACCUGGCCAUAAAAAGAAGCCAAGAAUGACAUUACCGAUCCUUCCACAAUCCAUUGGUAGCAGACUCAAGCGAUACGCCAGCGUCAGCCGGACCAAUACCCUCCCGAACACCUCCAGGACUAGCAGCAACACAAAAGAAGAGUCGAACGGAAAUAGCACUACGCAAAGGAAACCUUCUCUCUACCGUCCCCCGCCUGCCCCGACCUCCCCUGUCGCCAUCGGCCUCGCCUCAGCCAUGGUAGCUGACCUUUCCCCGCUCAUGCCCAGAGUCGUCGGCUCAGUGGCGCCCGUUCUCAACAGCGCCCCGCCCCCCCGCCAACCCGGCUCCGCUCCACCACAAAUCCCUGUGUUUGACACAAUCGCAGAGGAGUCAGAAACUGAAGAAGGCUGGAUCAACGUCCUAACCCCUCCGCAUCCCUUGCUCACGCACCAAGCGCAGGGGCUUGGGUCUCAGAUCUCGUUGGGUACCAGCUCGCAGGAUGCACAGACGCCAAGGUCGGUGGCUCCUCCGCUACCCCUGAAGGAGAGGGCGCCGAGUCCGUACCUGUUUAGCGCUCCUGGUUCGGGGGCCGGUCGGGGCUCACCUGCCGAGCGGGGGAGAGCGGGGACACCGGGUGGGGGUUCCGGGUCGGGAGCGGGUGCUAUGAGUGGGGAAAGUGUAGGUUUAGGGCCCACUGGGGGGGCUGAGGAGAAUGUGGGGAGUGGAUCUCUUCGGGGGUGA